CGAGUCAUACUCAAUCAUGGAGAGAUCGAGGCGAGGACCACAUUAUUCCAUCAACGGACGUAAAUCAGAUAACAUAUAAACGCCUAACUUAACCCUUUCUUUAGACGAAAAAUCCUCCAGAAUUCCCAUCACCCCUCCUACACCCGCACCACCCCCUAACCAAGGCCUCGCACCAAGAACCGUCGCAAUGUGGCCCUCUCAACUAUCUCCAUUCCUCCUCGCCCUCACCCUAACCACAUGCGCCGGCUCCCCCCUCUACGCCGCCAUCAUCCCAACAACCGGCAUACCGACGCCCCUCAACGAAUCCACCCUGCCCAUCCCCAUCCCCACAUCGAACACCACCUCCAGCCAUAUAACAUGGCACGCACCAAUCCCCGUCCCCACAACAACAGCCACAACAGCAACAAACAAAACCUCAUCCAACACCACCCACACCCACACGAGCAUCAGUUUCAGCGGUCUCUUCCCCCCCGCCAUAACCACCAAAUCCCACGUCCCCAGAGGCGACAUCCACAGCGCAAUCACCACAGCGACGCUCUACAGCAACGGCCACGCGUACACCGUGACGCAGUUCAGCGAGGUCAACCCGGAGCUGUCGACGAUCGGGCUAACGACCACGGUCGUGGACGGGACGGUCGUCACGACGCCGGCUACGCUGCCGGUUGUUAGUGGGACGUCGGGGACUGGGGAGCCUUGGAGGACUAGUGUUACUAGUACUAGUACUGCUGCUGCUGCUAGUACGUGGUGAGGAUUCGAGGAUGAGUAGGUGGUUGUGUGGAUGGAUGUUGGACUAUUGAUGAGGAUUGGAUCUCGAGGGUGGAGGAUGAAGAACGCUUACGGAUUUAAAAUAGGAAAUGAGGGCGGGAGGGAUGAGAUAACAGCACAUUAUGAUCAUGGAAGUUGAAUUUGGGUAAUAAGGGUGUUGGUUUCCCUCCUUUUGAUAACGCAAUCAUGAUAGGCACUUCACUUAUAUGGAAACAGGGGUUAUGGAUGCUAUGAUGCCAUGUUACUUUUUUAACAGUAUUUUUUCACACUCCUUGAGUUAUAUAGAACCAACCUAGGAACAGCUACACAGCAUCAAUUUUGACGAUUUCAAAUACCUACC